GUGGGCUCUGGACAGUGAGGAGUACACGUUCCGUGAUCUACUCCAGGAGAUUCUCGAUACGGUGUUUCCGCAGCAUCAGUACACCGUCGAGACGAGUGACGACAACGUCUACACAUGGUGCAAGCAGCAAGCGUAUGACUGGCGCCACAAAUUCCAGAUGCACGCCAACACCGCUGUCCAGCGAGAACGCAGCUUACGCCUCGCCGACAAGAGACUAGCCGCAUCCGAGCGCAGUGAGCGUGGAAUGAGUAUCUGGCAAGAGCAAGCACUGUGCGCGGGCGGAGAGGCGAUGUGGGGCGAUCCGGAUAUCCGUGUGCCGGGUAAUGCGCGCAAGCACCUGCAGUCGAAAUACAUCCUCCAAGUGAUGGCCAAUCAUCUUGGAAGCACCGUCAACUCCGUGCUAGUACAAGACGACCAAUAUCCGGUCGGCGCACUUGCAUUAGCAGCAGCAGCGGUCCAGCGCUCGUUCGAGUGGUACUUGUACGAUCAGCCAAAGGGCAUCGAGCAGGGACACUUCUCGAUCGGAAAUGCUGGCGGGCUCACAGCACACUGGAGGGACACCGCGGUCGCCGAUCUGCUCGCCGCACCGCAUCGUUUUGACAGACUUCUCGAGACUGCAAUGUCCAUGACCAACGUCUCUGCUGUGAAGACCAAGCCUUGUCGCUCUCAACUCGCUGCCGCCGCCAUGUAUUCCCGCGAGCGCAGCAGCUCGCCCGCAUCGUAGUCGCCACGUAAAUCACAC